AAAGCGAGCGAACACCAAGUGACAGCGCCACCAAGAGUCAAAAAAGUGGGCACGUGGCCAUGUUUCCUGAGGAGAAUGAAGCAGCAGGAGCUGGCUGACCAUCUGCAGAGCAGUACCUGCACAGGAAACAUCAGGUGGUGUCAUCGUAACCUUAAAUCUGCCCUGAAGAAGAAGUUCCAGUGUGUGUUUGAGGGGAUCGCUAAAGCAGGAAACCCAACCCUUCUGAAUCAGAUCUACACAGAGCUCUACAUCACAGAGGGAGGGACUGCAGAGGUCAAUGAUGAACAUGAGGUCAGACAGAUUGAAACAGCAUCCAGGAAACCAGACAGACCAGAAACAACAAUCAGACAAGAAGACAUCUUUAAAGCCUCACCUGGAAGAGAUGAACCAAUCAGAACAGUGCUGACAAAGGGAGUGGCAGGCAUUGGGAAAACAGUCUUAACACAGAAAUACAGCCUGGACUGGGCUGAAGACAAAGCCAACCAGGACAUCCAGUUCAUAUUUCCAUUCACUUUCAGAGAGCUGAAUGUGCUGAAAGAGGAAAAGUUCAGCUUGGUGGAACUUGUUCAUCACUUCUUUAGUGAAACCAAAGAAGCAGGAAUCUGCAGCUUUGAAGACUUCCAGGUUGUGUUCAUCUUUGAUGGUCUGGAUGAGUGUCGACUUCCUCUGGACUUCCACAAAACUACAAUCCUAACUGACCCUAGAAAGUCCACCUCAGUGGAUGUGCUCCUGAUAAACCUCAUCAGGGGGAAACUGCUUCCCUCUGCUCACCUCUGGAUAACCACGCGACCUGCAGCAGCCAAUCAGAUCCCUCCUGACUGUGUUGACAUGGUGACAGAGGUCAGAGGGUUCACUGACCCACAGAAGGAGGAGUACUUCAGGAAGAGAUUCAGAGAUGAGCAGCAGGCCAGCAGGAUCAUCUCCCACAUCAAGACAUCACGAAGCCUCCACAUCAUGUGCCACAUCCCAGUCUUCUGCUGGAUCACUGCUACAGUUCUGGAGGAUGUGCUGGAAACCAGAGAGGGAGGACAGCUGCCCAAGACCCUGACUGAGAUGUACAUCCACUUCCUGGUGGUUCAGGCCAAAGUGAAGAAGGUCAAGUAUGAUGGAGGACCUGAGACAGAUCCACACUGGAGUCCAGAGAGCAGGAAGAUGAUUGAGUCUCUGGGAAAACUGGCUUUUGAUCAGCUGCAGAAAGGAAACCUGAUUUUCUAUGAAUCCGACCUGACAGAGUGUGGCAUCGAUAUCAGAGCAGCCUCAGUGUACUCAGGAGUGUUCACACAGAUCUUUAAAGAGGAGAGAGGACUGUACCAGGACAAGGUGUUCUGCUUCAUCCAUCUGAGUGUUCAGGAGUUUCUGGCUGCUCUUCAUGUCCAUCUGACCUUCAUCAACUCUGGACUCAAUCUAAUGGUAGAAGAACAAACGACCUCCAAGAAGUCUGAAACAAGAGAAUCUGCAGAGAAACACUUUUAUCAGAGUGCUGUGAACAAGGCCUUACAGAGUCCAAAUGGACACCUGGACUUGUUUCUCCGCUUCCUCCUGGGUCUUUCACUGCAGACUAGUCAGUGUCUCUUACGAGGUCUCCUGACACAGACAGUAAGUAGCUCACAGACCAAAAAGGAAACAGUAAAGUACAUUAAGGAGAAACUCCAUGAGAGUCUGUAUGCAGAGAAAACCAUCAAUCUUUUCCACUGUCUGAAUGAACUGAAUGAUCAUUCUCUAGUGGAGGAGAUCCAACAGUACACAAGUUCAGGACGUCUCUCCUACGAUAGAAUUUCUCCUGCUCAGUGGUCAGCUCUGGUCUUCAUCUUACUGUCAUCAGAAAAAGAUCUGGAUGUGUUUGACCUGAAGAAAUACUCUGCUUCAGAGGAGGCUCUUCUAAGGCUGCUGCCAGUGGUCAAAGCCUCCAACAAAGCUCUACUGAGUCUUUGUAAUUUGUCAGAGAGAAGCUACGAAGCUUUGUCCUCAGUUCUCAGCUCCCAGUCCUCUAGUCUCAGAGAGCUGGAUCUGAGUAACAAUGACCUGCAAGAUUCGGUAGUGAAGCUGCUUUCUGCAGGACUGAGAAGUCCACACUGUAAACUUAGACUGAGUCACUGUCAGAUCUCACGGAGAAGCUAUGAAGCUCUGUUCUCAGUCCUCAGCUCCAAGUCCUCUAGUCUGAGAGAGCUGAACCUGAGUAACUCUGACCUGCAGGAUUCAGGAGUGACGCUUCUGUCCUUUGGAGUGAAGAGUCCACAUUGUAAAAUGGAUACUCUUAGUCUGUCAGGCUGUCUGAUCACAGAGGAAGGCUGUACAUCUCUGGCCUCAGCUCUGAGCUCCAACCCCUCCCAUCUGAGAGAGCUGGACCUGAGCUACAAUCAUCCAGGACACUCAGGAAUGAAGCUGCUGUCGGAUGGACUGAAGGAUCCAGGCUGGAGACUGGACACUCUCAGUCUGUCAGGCUGUCUGAUCACAGAGGAAGGCUGUACUUCUCUGGUCUCAGCUCUGAGCUCCAACCCCUCCCAUCUGAGAGAGCUGGACCUGAGCUACAAUCAUCCAGGAGACUCAGGAUUGAAGCUGCUGUCGGCUGGACUGAAGGAUCCAGGCUGGAGACUGGAC